AUGCACACCCAGAACACCGCCGACGACCACCGCGGUGGCCGCCACUUACGGCAACACCACAACGCUCAAUACAACAAACACCAAGCCCAAGAAAGUUUAACCACUCGUAUCACGAAGCUAAUAUGUGCGGUUUUUCUCAGCAUUAUCUUCACUAUCGGCUUGGUAAUGUUCGUUUUAUGGCUUAGUUUACGCCCACAUCGUCCCCGGUUUCACAUACAUGAAUUUUCCAUCCCGAGUUUGGCCGAACCUAACGGGCUUUCGAAUGUACACGUCACGUUUAACGUGACGGCCCAAAACCCGAACCUCGAUAUCGGGAUUUAUUACGACACGAUGAAUCUCACUUUGUAUUAUCAGGAUCAAACUAUAGCGGAAACACCAUUGUUGUUUCCGUUCUAUCAAUCAUCGAAGAACACGGUCGUUGUCUAUGGCACGUUGUCGGGACCCACAUUGAGGAUUAACUAUGCGCGUUGGAUACAGCUGUUGGCGGCUCGAAAACGGGGGUCGGUGCCGUUUCGGCUCGACGUGGCCUCGUCGAUUCGGUUUAAGGUGUCGGCAUGGGACAGUCGACGCCAUAAGAUGCAUGCAAAUUGUGAAAUAGGAGUCGGGUCAAAUGGGAUGUUACUAGAAAGCGAUAAGGAAAAGAAAUGCCCGGUGUAUUUCACUUAA